GUCAGCGGCCAGAAGUUUUUGUACUUCAAGAAUGGCGCGGCUCUCCUGGAGAUUGCACUCGUUCAGUGGGCUCUGCAUCAGGCCGUGAAGCGUGGCUUCCAGCCCUUCAUCCCGCCAGACUUGGUCAGGGCUCCUGUUGUGGCGGGCUGUGGAUUUGCCCCCCGCGAUGAUGAGGCCACGCAGAUCUAUGAGGUCAGUGACUCGGACCUUUGCCUGGCGGGCACAGCUGAGAUCCCCAUGGCAGGCAUGUUCAUGAAUGACACCCUCAUCGCCUCAAAGGAGCUCCCCAAGCGCCUCGUGGCCUUCGGCCACGCUUUCCGGACCGAGGCGGGCUCUUCGGGCUCGGAGAACCGGGGCAUCUACCGGCUGCACCAGUUCAGCAAGGUGGAGCUGUUUGCAGUUACGCGGGCCGACAUAGAUGAGUCCAACAAGAUGCUCGACGAGAUUCGGGAGCUCGAGGAGGACCUCUUCACACAGCUGGGCCUUUGCUUCCGUGUCUUGGACAUGCCAACAGAGGAGCUGGGGGCCCCGGCCUACCGGAAGUUUGACAUGGAGGCUUGGAUGCCGGGACUGGAAAAGUGGGGAGAGAUCUCCUCGUGCUCCAGCUGCACCGACUACCAGGCCCGGCGGCUGAACAUUCGGCACAAAGAGGAGUACAACCAGAAGGGAAACCUACAGUUUGCCCACACGCUCAACGGAACGGCGUGCGCCGUUCCCCGAAUGAUCAUCUCGAUUCUGGAGACGUUUCAGAACGAG